AAAAAUCAAAAAUCAAACUUUAUUCUGAUGCACGUAGCACUUCAUUAUUAUAAUAAUUUUAACAAUUUUUAUUCAGUUAUUCAGUAAUGUUUUCAAGGAGAUGCAUCGAAUUACGACAUUUUCAUUUCUGCAUGGGAGGUUCUCGGUUUUAUGGAAGAAAUACAUCGCGAAUAAUAGAAAAACUUAAGCAAGAUGAAACGUUGGUAAAUCUUGUCUCCAAUGCUGCAAUUGAGAAUUUACAUGACGUAAAUCGCUUGAAAAAUAAAAUUUUGAGCAAGUCAGAGAUGUUUAGGUCUGAUGAUAUUGAUAGAAGUUUGAUCAUAUAUUUCACCAAAAGCAAACAGUUCAAUAAUGGUCUGAGUUAUAUAAAAUUCUUAGAAGAAGACACAAAGAAAAAACUCAAUCUGUUUUUAAUGAAUCAGCAAUUCAUUAUAUACUUCCACAAACGAUAUGCAGAUGGAAGUCUUUCAACAAGUGAGCAAGAGUUAAUAGUUCAAUUGUACAACAAUCUGAAGAAAACCUCAAAUAUUCUAGACAGUCUUUCCUUAGAAAAUGCAAUCUUGGGGUUAUCUGUUACUCCAAAUUGGAAUCUGUGUCUGACUUUAUUCAAUGACCUUAAAAAAUUAGAGGAUCCAAGUUCUAUAUGUUACAGUGCAAUUAUUGCAACAGCAUUCUUGAAUGGAAAUGAAAAACUUGCUUGGAAUCUUUGGAGUGAAAUGUUCGCCAAGCAAAAAACUCCUUAUGAUGUCAUAUUCCAAGCAUAUUUUGAAAAUUUAAGAAAGUUUUCAGAUCGAAAAAAAAUUUUGACCAAGCUAGAAAAACUUUUUGUGGCAUGUAAUGAAAAUAACUUCAUUUUAUCUGAAAAUUCAAUAUUAGAACUCCAGAAAUUAUUGAAUUUUUCAGGAUUUACAUUCAGUGAUUCCUUAGUAAAUAAUAACGGAUGUUGUAAUAAAUGCGGACAAAAGCUAAAAAAAUUGGAACUGAUUGAAGAUGAAUUCGAGAAUUUGAAAAAACAAUUCUUUGAAGAAGUCAUCAUAGGCAAGAAUAUAUUCAAUAAAACCAAUCCUGCAGAAUUAUCUGAAUUCCAGGAAUUUCUUAAAUCUACAAAAGGUUAUAAUGUUGUCAUAGAUGGCCUAAAUGUGGCAUAUAUUGCUGGAACAAAGCAAUCACCUGAGGUUUAUUCAACACUACUAGCAAAAGUUGUUUCCCAUUUUGUUGAGGAAAACAAAAAAGUAAUUGUUCUUGGGAGGAAACAUAUGAAAUCUUGGCCACAAAAGCAAUGGAGGUUCAUCUCUAGUAAUGCUCUGGUAUUCCUAACACAAAAUAUUUCCCUUGAUGAUCCGUAUUUAUUAUAUUGCGCACUACAUUGUGGAAAAGAUGCUAUCCUAGUUAGUAGGGAUUUAAUGAGAAGUCAUCUUUUUGCAUUGAAAGAUCCUAAGAAUAAAAUAAGGUUCACUAGAUGGUUGGAACAAAGACAGUUUCAAGUGACCCAUGUUAGGAAUGAUGGAAAAGUAUUGUUCAAAAACCCACGUCCAUACACACGAAUAGUGCAACACGAUAAUAAUAAUUGGCACAUACCCUUCAUCGUCGCUCCCGAAGAAAAUGAAGAACCAGAUAAAAUUCCUGAAAAAUGGCUCUGUAUGCAGAAAUCUUGAGCUAAUGUUUUUGAAAUUUUGUGUCGCAAUAUUUAAUAUUAUUUCUAUAUUAUAUUAUUUUAAUAGACAAAUGAACUCAGAAUAUAAAUACUAUUUACAUAUAUACAAAAUGUAUAGUAAAGGUGGAAACAUAUUUGGCACUUGUCAUACAGA